UACAUUCUUUAUGAAUAAUUUUUCAUCUUCUAGGUCUGAAAAUGUAGAACUUUUGGUUUUGAUGAAUAAUUAUAAAAAUUUUGAUAUUACUAAUUUUUGUUCAACUUACAAUUAGAACUGUAUUUUAAGAUCGAAAAUUAAUUUCAGCGCGCAGUUUCGUGAAUUUGAAAAGGUAUAUAAAAUCACACAAUAAAUAUUAGCACUAAGAUCUAGUUAUACAAAACCGAUUAUUAGGCAUUUUGAUUGUUAUAAAAUUUUUAUUUUUUAUUAUUAGUAAAAUUGAUAUAUAUUGUAUUUUUUCGUUUCUUAGUGAAGAGAGAGAUCUUUCGCGUACCCACAUGUUGUCCACAAAUGAACCUCUUUAAGACUUGUUACAUUGCGAUAAAAAGAAAGUUUCUACAAGAAUACAUUAAUAAUAUAUCAAUCCAUGAACGCAAUAUUAUUUUCAUUUUUUUCUCAGCUGCCGUCGUUCCCUUUUCUUUCGUCGAGUAUGCAAAAACUUCGAGCCAUUGUCUUCUGGGAUCAACUUUUCUUCACUGAAUAUCGAGGGAUACUCUUACGUAUUAAUCAUAAAUAGCAUUGCACUUAUCGAAAUGUGUAAUAUUUAUGAUACAUCGAUUAUUCUAUAGACCCUAUGUUUAAUACGUGAAUACAUCAUGUCACGAGUAUGCAAGAUGAUAGCUGGUUGGUGGGGAUAAAAAUAUUUUUUUUUAUGAAGGGGAAAAUAGUACGUUGCCGACCUUCGUUAUGGAUACUAGACAUUCGGGAGACGCAGAUUUUGAAUGGGCAAUAGAAUUGAAUCGCUAUAGCUUGGAAUUUAUCGGUCUUUGGCCAAAAAUGAAGGAAACAACGCGAGAAAAAUUAACGGCUAACAUACGAGUAUUUUUGCUGAUAAUUAUGGUAGCCUUUGUUUGUGUGAUUCCUUGCAUACACUCUUUGAUAAGAGUUUGGGGCGAUUUGAUGUCGGUGGCGGACAAUUUACAAUUCACUUUACCUAUGGUGUCGAUGAUAAUGAAGCUUAUCAUCAUGUGGAGCAAAAAAGCUGCGCUCGCACCGCUCUUGUACAUGAUCGCUAAAGAUUGGCUGAGACAGAAGUCCAUCAAAGAACGGAAGAUCAUGAUAAGAUGUGCGCGGAUCCCUCGUAUGAUCAUAAUUUGCGGAUUCGUCAUAAUGUUUGCAUCAUUUAUUUUAUUAUUUAUCCUUCCGUGUUUUGGGAUUACCAUGCGAUAUAUCACGAAUGUGACCGAUCCGGGCAAACCGUUGCCCCUACAGACAUAUUACUUCUACGACACAGAUGCGAGUCCGUACUUCGAGCUCACGUUUGUCGCACAAGGCGUUACUCUUAUGGUAUCUGCCAUGGGUUAUACGGCGAUUGACAGCUUCUUUGGAUUGUUGAUUUUUCAUGUCUGCGGCCAACUGGAGACCCUUAAGGGCCGGUUAACGAUGAAUUCUGAAAAAAAUCCAAAUUUUAAUCAUGUCUUAGCGGAUGUUAUAAUGGAUCAUGUACGCCUUAUCAGAUGUGUUAAAAUUAUUGAAAGUACAUUUACUUUGAUGCUUCUUGGAUUAUUCCUCUACUUUGGUACAUUAUUUUGUCUAUAUGGAUUUUUACUAGUUACUAUUAUCACCGAUGGACGUCAUUUGUCUUUCGUAAGACUAUCAUUUCUUGUAACAGUUUUGGUGAACAUUUUCGCACAUAUGUGCUUAUAUUGUGUAGUUGGAGAAUGUCUAAUAACGCAAUGUGAAGGUGUUUAUCAAGCUGCGUGUGAAUAUCGUUGGUAUAAAUUAGAACCAAAACAAGCCAGAAAUUUAAUUUUAUUAAUAUCUCGUGCAAACAAACCACUUUACGUAACUGUUGGGAAAAUCUUUCCUUUAACUAUGAAUGCUUUUUGCAGCUUAUUAAAAACAUCAGGUGGUUAUAUAUCGGUUUUGCUUGCCCGACGUGAAUAAUAUGUAUCAUAGAAUUGUAUAUAAUAAACAUAAUGAUAAGAACAAUUAAUAAAUAUUUAACAUUGA